AUGCGCUCAAAAAAACCUCCACCAAAACCGCGUGCUAAACGAACACCUGCAAAAGCUUCUCCUACUCCUAAGUCAAAACCUAAAGCCAAACCUCGUAACUCAAAGUCAAAUAAGUCCAAGAAGACCGACAAAAAUCAACACGACGAUGAUAAGUUGACGUCUUCUGACGAAAAUGCUGAUGAAAAUCACAAGACUACUGUUCAUUGGGAUAAUGAUGAUAAUGGCGAGGGAAAAUCUUUGAUGUACUUACUUAUCAAUUGGCUCACGGACGAAGACAACUUUACUAGAUUCAAAACUAAUAAAACAGAAAAGCGAGGUUCAGCUGAAGAGAUCGAGGAGUACUUAAUCAAGAAUGGCAUCUUAUGGCGAGAUGCAACUGCAAUUAAAAAAAAGGAGGUCGCUUGGCGUCGUGCUAACGAUGUACGUAACCAAACUGGUUCUGGAAGCUGGAACACGUGCAAAGAAAGGAAGGCGAUUGAGGGCUUGGCAGAUGAUGAUCCGAAAUGGCUCAGUAUGGAGAAGGUGGCUCUUGCACCCAUCUUGAAGAAGUGCAAGUAUUAUUUUGAGUUGGAGCCUGUUUUUGAGACACGACACGGUAAUACGAGGCUUGCCGCGUCUCAUAGUUUACUUGAUGAGGGUGAAGAAAACUUCACUCAAAGCCAGCGUAAUUCACGGGAGCAUUCAGUGAACUCUAAUUCGGCGUAUCAAGAAUAUCAUAACAACGAUGAUCACUUGGAGCGUGACCCUUUCGAUGACUCUCUAAACUCGAACUUAGCUCAUAAAGAUGAUCAUUUACCUCAUGAAGAUCUUCUUGAUGACUUAGAUGAUGAUAUUCCGCAAACGUUUAAAAACAAUAAUGACGAUCUUGAGGAACUUAUCAACUCAAAUCCUAUCACACCUUCUCGACCAUCUCAAAGCCGAUAUCAACGUCCGAUUUCAUCCACCUCAAUGAAACGAACAUCUUCAAAAGCUUCUUUACCCCCAGCAAGUCAAGUGAUCCCAAGCAAACGUGCCCCGAAUCGAAAGUCAGGCUCGGCUGAUUCGAUUCAGGACCUCAUUCAAAAUAACCCAUUAGAUGCUCAAUUGGAUAGUAUUCAAGCGCCUGUCUCACAGCAGGCAAGUCAAGCGUUAAGUCACUUGUCACGUUUAGCUGAUAAUGUGGCUAUCACUAUGUUACCCGACAAACCUACAUUAAACGAGGACGACUCUAAGAAAAAGGCCAAAAUCGAACUUGAAAUGGCUGAUGUUCAAUUAUCAAGCGAGAAGAAGAAACUUGAAGAACAUGAUUUCAACUUGUCAUCGAAGAAAGAAAAGCAUUUGCUUGAAAUGCAAAACUACAAAGCCGAGCUUGAACAUCAACAAAUUACUAGGAAUGCUCAACUCAUCAGCAUGUUGAUGAGGGAAAACAAUUGGACACUUCAGGAAGCUAUGAUCGCGGCUCAAACUGCACAAGCGAUGCAGCAAUCGUCUUCAAGUAAAUGA